AUGCGUAAUGGUGCGUUUGUUGCAGGACCUGCACGCGAUCAACACGCUGGUGUCGUGCGAGGUGGGCGGCACGAAGCGCGGCGCGGAGGCGAGCGACGUGGUGAAGAGACCGCGCUGCGCCGCGCCCGGCGUCGCGCGCAAGCUACAGGGGCUCGUCAGCGACCGCCAGGCCGUCUAGAGACUAAAUCAUCCUGGCUGUCACUUGGAUGGAACACUCAAUGGAUUUAA